UCUCAUCAAUGCGCGAAAACUCGCGGGAAGUGGAUGGAGACAGGUGGUGGGAAAUAUAAUAUAAAAAUGUUGUCAAAUAAUAUAACACAAGUCAGCUCACUGCAAAGAAACCCGGCAUGUCCAAGGUGCAAUGGGUUUUAUAUAGCGAAAGAAAAUAACCGACAGCACAAAAGUCCUCUGAUACUAGAUUGUGGCCAUACUUUCUGUGAGGGAUGUUUAACAAAGCUGGCUAGAGACACAAAGACCUGCAUUGCUUGUCCAACAUGUCAAGCAGUUACACAGUUACCCCAGGGAGAGGCAAGUGUAAAGAAUUUAUGGCCAGAUAUCUAUGUCAUGGGCUGGAUGAUGUGUCAGCAGAGGGCACUACUUAAUCAAGAGUUGGAGAAACUUUCCCCAGCAGGAAUGGUCCAGAAUCCAGCAUUCAGGAACCAGGCCGACAGAGAAGAGAAAAUGUGUAGAGAAUGUUUUCGUAGGUUAGCGGUGUGCAAGUGUGACAAAUGUGAUGUAAUUAUGUGCCAAGGAUGUUUUGACAAGGUUCACUCCAAGUCAAACACCUUGAGACAACACCAAGCACUGCCUAUGGAGAGUGAAGAAAGUAUAAAGGGGGAGCUAACCCAGGACUGCCCCCUCCAUGAGGGGAGAGAGCUGGAGUACUACUGCGAGGACCACAAGAUCCCCAUCUGCUCCAGGUGUGUGAUCGUAGGUGACCACAAGGGCCACGUUAUCACCUCCAUGGAAGAAAAGAACAAAUCAGUUUUCUCUGAAAUGGAGCCUGCUUUGCACCUUGCCAACAAAGUUGUGAUAAAAUUGAUUAAAGUGGAUAAGACGAUGUCGGAUUACUUCCCGGACACCAGGGUGGAGACUGCAUCUGUUAUUUCAGAUAUCAGGGAACAUUUUCAAGAACUUCAUGGACUUCUGCAAGCUCGAGAGAAACAGCUGAUUGAUGAAGUUUUUGAUGCUUACAAAGCUGGAGUGGAACCACUGGAAACGCUGAGACAACAAAUGCAUGAAGACAGGAUGAAGUUGGAAUUAGCUAUAAGAGGUGCCCAGAGACUUCUCAACAACAACAAUGAAGUCACGUUGAACGCUAGACAGAUCCUGGACCAGUUAAACAGGGCUAAGGAGGUCCCCUGCAUACUGCUGCCUAAAGAAACGGAGGAAACCGAGAAAAUCAGUUUCAUUCAGGACGACUCUCUCCUCACUUCCAUUCUUAGUCAUGGAAAAGUAAUGGGGAAAAGUCAAGUCAAAGCAACCUGGCACACGUUGUCGGAGAUGCCGGCAGAGAUCAUGAAUGACGACGACAGCGUGGGGAGCCGCACGCCCCUGGACUCGGUUAGUGUCAUAUCCAACCCCCUAUCUCAGGACUCGGAGGAGGUCAUCAUCGAAGCAGAGUUGUACUUUGCAGAUGAGCAGGACUGUUCCAUUGUUGGCGGGGUAGAGUUAAGACGGAGGAGAUCAGCUGACCUCCCGGGAUCCUAUCCACACCCCGGUCAACAGCCAACAGCUCCCAGGUGCAGAAUUAGAGGUAAAAAUGAAUUUGUGACAGUGACACACAUUAUCAAUCCCUGUAAGUUUAUGGUCCAGCUGAGGGAGGACCAAUCAACUCUCAAAAAGCUCUCCCGACAAAUGAACACCUGGGCCAAGGCCGCCGGGACCAUGGAAGUCCCCACCCAGGUCAAACCAGGGGACUUGGUGAUUGUGAAGUACACCUGUGAUGACGACUGGUACCGCGCCCGGGUCAAACAGGUCAUCGGCAAGAGCAACGUCAACAAGAUGGAGCUGGAGGUCCUCUACAUCGACUACGGAAACUCAGAAAUUGUGGGGUUGGACAGAGUGAAGAAAAUGCAGCCUAGAUUUCAGAACUAUCCUGAAUUCAUGGUGGAAUGUAGCUUGUUUGACAUCAUACCCCCAGACACGGGAGGCUGGUCCAAGGAGGCGACCCAGCAGUUCUGUAAGAUGACGGACAACAAGAAGCUGUACAUGACGGUGGUCAGCGAGAGGAACAAUGUCCUCCAGGUGGACCUCAGCAAGCCGGUGCUGGAUGCCACCAAAAACGAGGUCCCCAUCUCAAUCCGUGACGCCCUCGUUUUCCUGGAGCUCGCGCAGUUCAUCACCCCAGACUCUGGCAACAUUACUGGUAAACCAGCACCAUUGCGGCAAUAUAUUAAACCGGAGCCUCAUUACGAAGGAGAAACAUUUAACGUGAUUGUGACCAGUGCCACUGAUCCCCACAAUUUCUACAUACAAGAGUGCAUGUCGCCUGGGAAGAGAAAAUACGGAUCAUUGGGAGAUGUGUCCACCUAUUUUGCUGAAAUGAUGAACAAAAUGCAAAGAGUGUACGCCAGGGAGGACAACAUGGACCUCUGGACCAUCUACUGCCCCAAAAAAGACAUGGUUUGUAGCUGUCAGUUCUCCGCGGAUAACGUCUUUUACCGCGCGGUCAUCACCAACCUGCCCGGCCGUAAACUGGUGGACGUGUUCUACGUGGACUUUGGGAACAGAGAGCGAGUCCACUACAGUCGACUCCGAGUCCUGCUGGACGAGUUCCUGAUUCUACCAGCUCAGGCAGUGAAGUGUCGGCUUGCUGAUGUGGAGCCAAAGGACUCUAAAACUUGGAGUGAAAGUGCCAGACAGUGGUGGACAAAGAAAGUGAAUCUGUGUAAAUUUUCGGUACAAGUAACAGGGGUGGCUGAGAACAAGGUGUAUUCUGUUGUGUUGAAUGAUUUUGAUGAUGACAGACCAAUGAUUUGCCUCAACAGUGAACUGGUCAGCAAGGGCUAUGCUAACAGUACAGGUAGCAGGUCUCAGCCUCUUUCUGAAGAGCAGCUGCAAUACCUCGCUGCAGGGUCACAGGAAAGCUUGACUGAUACAUCAACAAGGAGUUCCUCUAUGGUGUUGGGAAGAGAAAGUUGCUCAGCUUCCACAGAGUCCCUGGCCUCUUCUGCAUUGUCCUUGACCUCAGGUACAUCUCCACGGAAACUGAGCUCUCCAGCACAGGAGGGAGGCAUGUCUGAUUCUUCCACGGGGGCCAGGAGAAAGACCCCACAGGCCACCAAACAGAAGAAAAAAGUGAAGUCCCAGGCCACAGGGGAUGAAGACCCACACGUGGAGGUUAAGAUUGGUCAGUUCACCGACCCCUCCUGCUUCUAUGUGUACAUAGUGGAUGAAAACUUAGACAGGCUGAUGGCGGAAAUGGAUGAGGAGUACUCAGAUUCCGAGUAUGAGUGGAUUAACUUGGAGGCGGAUACAUUCUGUGCUGCACGCAGGCCAGAGGACGGAAAGUGGUAUAGAGCCAAGAUCCAGCGGAUCAUCCACAAAAACCUGGCAGAGGUAUUUAUGGUGGACUUUGGGUACUCAGAAACCAUUCAGACCUCAGAGUUACGGAACCUGAAAAAGCAUUUAUCCCAGAGUGGUGCAUUCUCCUUCUUGUGUCACCUGGCGGAGGUGGUUCCAGCGGGUGACCAGAGUAUGUGGUCCCGCACCGCCUGUGAAUUCAUGGUAGAGGAAACGCAUAACAAGAAGCUGUACAUCAAAAAAAAGGGUGACAAUAUAAAGACCUCUUUGCCAGUUGAUCUGAUUCUGGAGACCUAUGUCCCAGAGAGUGCCCUGGAGCCGGCCCGGAGGUCCUACACAAGUCUGAUAGAAAUGAUGAAGGACCGGGGACUAGUCAUACCAGCACCGGGAGCACUUUCUAGGAAGAAGACCCCAGUCAAGGUUCAGCCAAAGACUUACCCCAUCAUGUUCUUUGACCCACCCACUCUACCCGAGGACAACUCAUUUAUUGGCAUCCCCGUCUACGUCAACUUUGAUGCUGUCAUCUAUGUACAGGAACUUAGAGGGGGUCAAAAUGUCAAAGAUGAGGAGUUCAAGGAGCUGAGUGAACUGAUACAGCAGCGGUUCAGAGAGAGUGAACCUCACAAGUUUGAGGAGACCAAGUGGCAGCUGAACCAGGCCUGCAUCGCCUUCUUCCACCUGGAUCAGCAGUGGUAUAGAGCCAAGAUUAUCUCCCUUGAACCCCACAGGGUGAAGGUCAAGUUUGUGGAUUUUGGGAACUGUGAGAAUGUUUCAUAUGACAAGAUCCGGGCGGAUGUAGAGGACUUUAUGUAUCUCCCUCCUCAGUGCUUUGAGUGUGCACUAUACAACACAUUGCCUAAUACAGAAAGUGGGAAGUGGUCCAAACCGGCUCUGGAUUUCAUGCAUAAAUCUUGUGUGACAAAAGCCUGUGUUAUAGAAGUUCUGGAAAGAAUAGAUGGAGAACCUUUAAAGAUCAAGGUCAUGCUGCCUGACCGUCAGGAUCUGUCCAGCGUCCUGGAGAGUGAGGGGUAUGCUAUACAGGAGGAUAGUCUGCUGGAACUGAUGCUACAGAGUCAGGAGAUAGAGGCAGUUCUCAAGACCAAGAACCCAUACAAAAGUAUGCCUUUGUAUACUGUUGGGGAAUUCUUUGAUGUUCUCAUCACACAUGUAGAAAUUCCCAAUGUGGUAUACUAUCAACACACUCGAUACAGCGGGGACGAGGCCGAUGAGAGAACAGAUGAAAUCAACCACCAGCUGACAAAACUGGAACAGAUGUGGGUGGAGCUCAAUGAGGCAGGGCCUGUAUCCCCACCCCUGAUGAGACCAAAGCCAGGCAAGAUGUGCUGUGCCCAGUACGGCUUUGACCAGUGUUGGUACCGGGGCCUGGUCAUCACAGCACCAGAUCACCAAAACCAGGUCCUGGUGCUGUAUGUUGACUUUGGAACAUCAGAGAUUGUACCACUAGAGAGGGUGAGGACUCUACCCCCACAGUUUCAGUCGCUGCCCGCCCAGGCGAGGAGAUUAGUGCUUUCCGGCAUUCAGAUUCCUACCCCCCAGGCCUCCUGGAACGUACAGGCACAGGAGCGGAUGCUGCAGUGUGCUGGUGCCAAAGUCUCAAAGUGCUGUCUGAAGAAGCUGGACCCUCUACAAGGCGAGCUGUUCCGGGCGGAGGACUGGAGUAACAUGACUCUGCUAUAUCAGGAGUUGAUAGACUCAGGCCUCCUACAGUAUAGCGAGGAAUCAGAUUUAUGUAAUGAUGAAGAGCCCUCCAGGACUCGUCUAGGAUCUGAUGAUGUCCUCAUCGAAGAGAUAGAGGAGAUGGGAGAUAUGGAAGAUAUGGGAGAUAUGGAGGACCUGGACUUUGAGGAGGAAGAGGAGGAAACCAGCCAAUCAGAUAACGAGAAUGUCUCAUGUGGUCUCAUCAUAACUGAAGCCGAGAUGUAGAAAAACAAAAAAUCAAAUUUUAUGUUGAAGUUAAGAUAUUAGGAAAGACCAAUUUCCUUGUUUAACGAUAAAAAUGUUUGGCAUUUAAAAUAAGAAGAAGAUAGUUUAUUGAAUGGAAGGAAAGUUAGAAAUUUCAAUUUGAUGUGGAUCUCAUUAAGCUUGAUGUUGCCUCUGUUUAUUAUUACAUGUAACUGUAUGUGUAUUCAACUGUAUGUGCUGAAUAUUCAAGAAAAACUUUUUUUCCCUCUUUUGUUGUAGAUAAGUGAUCUUUUAUCUCUUUUUAUCAUACGACAAAAUUAUUUUGUUUUAAUUUCAUUCAGGGUUACCAUAUAGCAUAUGUACAUGUACAAUCAUUACGUGAAAUAAUUUUUUCCUUUUUUUUUUCUAGGACUGUUGUUGACCAAUUAGGACUUGUAUGUUGUUAAUAGUUUCUCUCUUCAUUGUGUGUACUGUCAUCUUCGCUAGCCAAGGGUUUAGGAUCCGCUCUCGGAGAGGAGUGGAUCAUGAAAUCUCUUGGCUAGCGAAGGUGGUUUACUGUAUAGUGGUGGAAAGAUAUUCCAUCUUGUUUCCCUUUUACUGAAGAUUGUUUCGGUUUUUUUGAAUAAUUGACAAUAAAAAGAAUUACAACAAAAAA